AUGGAUCGUAAGGAACUGGCGCUAGAGACAGAGCUGCUGCUGCAAGGCGUGACGCAGAUUACACGACGUACGGCGGUGGAAAGCGUGGUAGAGGAUGUCAAUGCGCUGCCAAUUUCCGAGUACGAAGCUGCUAAAGACGCGCUGCUGGCCAAACUGCGCAAGAAGAAAGAGGUUAAUUGGGCACAGCAACAGCAGCUUAACCAGCGACGGUAUGGUCAACCAUUAGCGCAAAGAAAUGAUCACUUGUCGCCUCGUAAGACACGCACGCAAGUGCUACAGCUUCCGGUGGCAUUAACGGCGGCCACAUUAUCCAGAAGGAAACAGGAUAUGCUGUUGAAGCUCAAGACGCAGGCAAUUGAGCAAUGCGGGCAGAAUAUGGCCAAGCUAUUUGGGUACGCGAGCUAUGAAGAACACAUGAAACAUUUGAAUAAGCUUGAGAAGGUGAAGAUUGCUGAGAAUGAGAUGAAGGAGAAUCUUAGACAAGAGGGACAGGGGCAAGAGAACGAGCAUCCCAGGAUGUUGAUAGAGAUGAGUGCAGGUGUUGCAAAACAGGAAGGAUACAAUGAUUUAUAUGCUGAAAUAGCGGAAUCGUUCACGAAAAUGACGGAUGCUGCUUCUGAGAAGACGACAGAAAGUGAUGAGCAGGAGAUCGUGAAGGUGGUGAGACGAUGUAAUAGAGUUCAGAAUCCUGACGUCAGUGAAGAGGAAGACGGCAAUGAGGCCGACAGCGAGAUGGAUAGAAAAGACGGAGACGAUGCUAAGGACGAUAUGGAAGACGUCACCGGUGCAGUCGAAGUCAUGAUCAACACGCGACAGGUAGAGCAGGAUACGGCAGCGCCAGGUAAAGAAGCUGUGACGGUAACCGUGCCGCUAAAAGAUAAAGCUGCAGGAUACCGGAAUUUGCUGCUUGUUGAGGCAAUACAAAGCCGUAAGCGCAAGCGGCUAGUUAAAAGCCGUGGCGACAACUUCGUCGAGUCAGAAGCCGAGGAAGAUGAAGAAGAGGAUGUCCUUAAGAUUGGCGGUUUGGGCGAUUUUGGUUUUGGCGUGCCGCAAGUAACGACUCAUGAAUCCAAAGAGGCUGAGGAAGAGCGCAAUGCGCUAAAGCUUCGCGAGGAUGACCUGGACCAUAUCGUAGAUGACCUUUCUGACGAUGAGCGAGCGCAGGAGCAAGACUUGGAGGAAAUGUUCCGUCGUGAACAAGAAGACCAAGAUCGUCAGCAAGUUAAGGAAGUUAUACGCAACGUGAAGGAAGGUUUUGGCCGUAACCGCCGCGCAUUUUCGAGCCUUUAUUCGGGUUCGGGGGCCCGUGGUCGUUUUAAUCUGGAUGAGCUCGUUGCCGCAGAUGGUUGUAAGUUUGAAGCUGCUCGACUAGGCCUGCUAGAGUCUGAUGAGGAGCUGAGUGAGAACGAUGAUGGCAACAACAAAAAAAUGAAAGCUAGUGGUAAUAGAGAGGCAGAAGAAGACGAAGAGGCUGAGAUGGAGCGUUUGCUGCGUGAGCGUUUCCUCAACCAGCCCAAGAUGUAUAUGACUUCAUCCGAAUCCGACAGUGACAACGAAGAGGAAGAGGUCAAGAAAGAAAACGGCGCUGAUGGUGAUGAAGUUGAGUCCGACGACGAACGAGAGCGACAGCAGAUGAAGAUCUUCUCAGAGCGUGCUCGUGUUAAUCGCCGCAUGCAGCGUAUGAAGGACUUACAGCGCCAGAUUGCGCUAGACAACAAUGAAGUAGAUCCGACCGUGAAGAUCAACGCGGCAAUGCCAAAUCUAUUGCUGGAGGAAGACGAAGACUCACAGGAGUUAAUGCUUUUGCUAAACCGUACAGACGUUGAUUCUGCGUGUAGCAGCCAGACAACCACCCGUUAUAGCGCUAAAAAAAAGUCAGACCGACCUCGCCUGAAGCUUGGUCAAUCGAAGGCAUAUGGUGAUAUGACGUCUGCGUCUCGGACGCCGUCCUCGUUCAGCCGCGUGAUCGGCCAGUGCAAAAUGUUCAGCGCCAACUCGGCUGGAGGUUCUGCACCUUCCAAAGGUUUCGUUUUUACUUCUUUAAACGCUGACAAGACCAAGGACGGAGGCUAUGAGUACGUUGCACCAAACGACGACGAGGCAAUGCCUGCUGCUUCUCCCGAACUUCGUAAGUGCAAGGGCUUAAAUGGUGUAAAUUCAGCAUCAAAGCAUUGUGGUGCUCGAAGUGGUAGCAAGAUGACAGCAUCGAACAAGAAGCGCAAAAGCGGCGGGUUAUUUUCCGCACUGUCUUCGUAUCAAUGCGUUACAAGCACAAGUCAUAGUCAAAGCUUGGAAUCGUGA